AUGGACUCAGUAAAUAUCUCUUUGGUGACUGAAUUCAUCCUUGUAGGAUUAACAGAUCAGCCUGAUCUCCAAAUGCCCUUGUUCUUUGUAUUUCUAGUAAUGUAUCUGAUCACUGCACUGGGAAAUUUGUGUCUGAUAAUUCUGACUGUGAUGAAUUCUCACCUUCACACGCCUAUGUACUUUUUUCUCUUUAACAUGUCCAUUAUAGACCUAUGUUAUUGUUCUGUGUUCACUCCCCAAAUGCUGAUGAACUUUGUAUUAAGGAAGAAUGUAAUUUCUUACAUUGAAUGUAUGACUCAAGUCUAUUUCUUUUGUUUUUUUGUUAUAUCUGAGUGUUAUGUGUUGACUUCAAUGGCCUAUGAUCGCUAUAUGGCCAUUUGCAAUCCAUUGUUGUAUAAUAUUGCCAUGUCUCCUAAACUAUGUUUGAACCUUAUGCUUGGAUCCUACUUUAUUGCAUUUUCUGAUGCCGUAGCUCACACUGUAUGCAUGCUAAGACUGACCUUUUGUGAUGCCAACACCAUCAACCACUACUUCUGUGAUAUUCCUUCUUUGCUCCAACUCUCAUGUACAAGCACCUAUGUCAACAAGCUUGUAAUUUUUAUUGUUGGGAGCAUCAACAUCGUUGUCCCUACAUCAACUAUCUUUAUCUCCUAUGGUUUCAUCCUUUCCAGCAUCUUCCACAUCAGUUCCUCUGAGGGCAGGUCCAAAGCCUUCAGUACCUGUAGCUCCCACAUCAUUGCUGUUUCUCUGUUCUUUGGUUCAAGUGCACUUGUGUAUUUCAAAUCCUCUUUAGCUGGGUCCAUGACUGAAGGGAAAAUCUUUUCUGUCUUUUACACCAAUGUGGUUCCUAUGUUGAAUCCUUUGAUCUACAGCUUGCGGAACAAAGAUAUCAAAGUUGCCCUUAGGAAAACCCUGAGCAGUAGGAACUUCUGA